GGUCAAAUAUGUUUGGAUAUUUUCAAAGACAAUUGGAGCCCAGCUUUGACAAUUUCAAAAGUUUUACUUUCAAUAUGUUCCUUAUUGACUGACUGUAAUCCAGGUACGUAUCACUGAUCUCAUAAUAUGUUUGUUUGUGCACUCACUGAUCUCAUAAGAUAUUGGACUGAUGUGUGCACUUGCUGAUGUCAUAAGAUAAUGGACUGCUGUGUAUCUGCCCACUGAUCUAAUAUUUAUUAUUGAUCCCUAUAAGAAGCUGGACCAUUAUUUUUAUGUUUACACUCAGUGUAUAUAUCUUUUAAAGAAAUACUAGCCCACUAUGGCCAUUCACUUAUCUUUAAAAAACUAAAUGUUUUUUUUUAUUUACAAAUAAAACUGAAAUUUAAAAUUAUUUUUUUUAGAUGAUCCAUUGGUGGGCAGUGUUGCAACACAAUAUCAAAAUAACAGAGCCGAACACGACCGAAUAGCAAAAGAAUGGACUCAACGAUAUGCAACAUAA